GUUGCUUAUUACUAACUAGGAAGUCCUCCGGUAAACUGACGUAUCCGCCCAAAAGACCGCAAAUAACGCUUGUAACAGACUAAUAUCUGCGAUAAAACACGACAUGGACGCGGGUAGACCUCACCAGACAACAACUGGAGAUGUCACUGGAACAGAAGAGGAGGCAAAAAAGAAAGCAGCUGCAGCACGGGCAGCUAAUCACCUCCCUGAAGUUCGCCUGGUGACGCUGGGCUGGAGGUGGCCAGGAAAGAGCUUGACAGCCAACACUAUUAUAGGCCGAGAGGAGUUUCACUUAGAGCGAGCAGCUGAGUUCUGUGUGAAGAGGCAGACUGAGGUGCAGGGGCGCCAGGUGAUUGUUGUGGAUACUCCUGGGUGGUUCUCUGCACAGGAUACACCCCCCUCUUAUAAAGGAGAGCUAGUGAGAGGAGCGUCACUUUCCCCUCCUGGACCACACGCCUUCCUGCUGGUCAUUCCUGUGGGUAUGUUCACAGAUGUGGAUCGGGCUCGCCUCGAGGAGCAUGUGAGCCUUUUCGGGGAACACGUGUGGAAGCAUACGAUUGUUGUUUUCACUUGGGCGGAGUUGUUGAGAACCAUUUCAAUAGAGAGAUACAUCCGCAGGGAAGGCAAGGACCUGCAGUGGGUGCUGGAAAAGUGCAAGCGGAGGUACUUUGUCAUAAAUAACAGCAUAUUCGAAGAGCAUCCACAGGUAGGACAAUUGCUGGAGAAGGUGGAGAAGAUGGUAGCAGAAGAAGGGGGCUACUACAACCCGGGGGAGAUGAAGAACGAGAAGAAACCUGUGGAGGACAACCAAAACACAGCCAGAGAUGUACAGCAGCUGGGGGCGAGACCCAAACAGAGCUCUGCACUGAGUUUAUCCAAAGCUAUGGAGGUUGAUCCACUUCCCAGUGAGUGAUGUGAAGGUUCGGAUUAAUUUGUUUAAGACAAGGCCAAAAAUCAGACUGAAUAAGUAUAGGGGAUUUUAUGACUACAUGUUGCACCUGGCUCAGCAGACCCUGCUGGGUAGAACCUAAUGAAACUGAUGUAGGCUUCUUUGUAAUUUGCCAGAAUACAAGUUUGCAGUCAGUUUGAUAAAAAUCAAAUCAGUUUUAACACCUAGACUGUCGACACAACCAAAAAGUGACCCAGCUCUGGUUAGUGUAUAUUUUCACUCAGCAGGAUAUAAUGUUUCAGAUGUAAUAAGAAAAAUAACACCAGAUUUUAACUUCCUGGAGUCAUGGCAGUCUAAUCUUGCUUUAGUAAACAAAAACCCCACUAUUACAUCUUUCUUAAGAAAUCAGUUUCUCAUCAGUGUGGCUUCAUCUCUCUAAAGAACAUCCUGUUUUAACUGACAAUACGUGACAUUAAAUCUGCAACAGCAGAUCAUGUGAGGCUCUCAGAAGCAGCAAAAAAUGUGAAAACAACACUGUCUUAUAUCAUCUUCAAAAAAGAUUAAAAAUCAUCAUUUUUGAGACAUAUUAAUGUUUAGCUAAACGUGGAGUUUAAUGUUGACUUUAACUGCUUUAAGGAAGUAAAAUUAUAUUAUGUAUUGUAGGCCUCUUAAGUCUAAAGUGAUACUUUUGCUGCCUUCUUUAACCCUUAGGGACUGUUGUGCGCAUUUUAACACACUUGUCUUUCUUCGUCCUUUGAUAAUUUUGGCUAUGUUCAUGUAUAUGGCAUGAAUUUUGGCAAGAUCUCGCUAUUUCCUGUUCAGCUCCUCAGUAAGGCUAAAAUACACUGUGGAUAAAUAAGUGUUACACUCAUGCCGUUAAUCACAAAAAAUGAAUAAUGAAUGAAACCCGUUCAAAUUGCAGUUUUAACUUCCAUUGAAGCAAAAUACAUGACAUGCACUUUAUUAUAUAUGGUUGUCAAUUUGGGAAGUGAUAAUUUGUACUGCUCUCCACAAGAGGGCGUCAUUUUGGACACAUUUGACUGAGGAAAUCUGGCAAGAUCUCGCGAUUUCCACAAGUCACAAGUGUUGCUGCUAAUCAUUGACAUAUCCCAGGCUGUAAUAAUUCAACACAUAAAAAUCUACUUUGCACGUAGUAUAUUGAAAAUAAUUCAUAUUUUCUGUUUUGUUUUGUUUUGUUUUAUUUUAAAAACAUGGUGGCAUCAUGACAAAAACCUGGCAUUUAAAUGGUUAACAUCUUAACAAUAUGUAGGUGGAAAAAAGAUCAAUGAAAGUAGAAUAUAUAAUAAUGUCUAAUAUUUUUAUAUCUUGCUUUUAAACAGCACAUUUUUUGUGCUUAGUGGUACGAGUGUGACUAGUAUUAGUACAUUACUGACACUUUUUAAUCAUCUUUAAUCAUCAACUUCACGAAUAUUUUCCCUUUCUAAUCUUGCUGCACUAUAAGUGAUACCACAGUGUUUUAACUGAUGAAUCUAAUGAUCCGCUUUUGUCCAAUUCUAGAUUAACCAGACAAUCUUUGCUGAUGGAGCCUGUAAACCACCACUAACAGUGCCGCUGUCUCUUUGUACCGCCAGCAAAGGUGCUUAUUUUCCAAGACAAGAAAGGGUAAAUCAACUGAAAAAAUUACAACCCAUGUCAUUUAUUUAUUUUUUGGUUGAAAAUCACACGUUACUGUGUGUUGUAGUCAUUGUAGUCAGAAUUAUACUUUUACCAUUAUGUGUGGUGGUUUGUUUGUUGGUUUGUUUUAGUGUUUUUGAGAGGUUGUAUGGUGGGAUGGGAGAGAUUAGCAUUGUAUGUAUCUUAAACGCAGUAUGUAAAGUAUGUACACACUCCUUAUUCACUGUUGACUCCUAAAUUGGCUGAACUGCACUUAUAAAUA